AAAAAUCAAUUGUAAAUUAACAGCGAACGGGUUUGCCGGUUCCGAAUUUUCUGGUGUAGUUAAUUUUGUGAUAGUUUGUUUUAAAACGUUUUUUUCUUAUAGAAAGAUAGAAAGAAACCAAUAAAUAAUAGUAUUUACAUUAAAUAUUUUAAUUUUCACAAAUUAAAAUCAAAAUGCAUAGAGCCGUUUUAGUUCUUUGUUUGGCCAUUGGUCUAGUAAGUGCAGCCGAACAAGAUGUUCUUGAAUUGACUGAUGACAACUUCUCCUCAACUUUGGCACAACAAGAAACAACAUUGGUCAUGUUUUAUGCACCUUGGUGUGGUCACUGCAAAAGAUUGAAGCCAGAAUAUGCCAAAGCCGCUGAAAUUGUAAAAGAUGAUGAUCCCCCAAUUGCUUUGGCCAAGGUCGAUUGUACUGAGGGUGGCAAGGAAUCUUGUAAUAAAUUCUCAGUCAGCGGUUAUCCUACAUUGAAAAUUUUCAAGGGCAGUGAAGUAUCACAAGAUUAUAGCGGUCCCCGUGAAGCUAAUGGUAUUGCCAAAUUUAUGCGCGCUCAAGUUGGUCCAGCCUCAAAGGAAAUUCGCUCGGUUGAAGAAUACGAAAAGUUCUUAAAUACCAAAGAAACCACAUUGUUUGGAUACUUCAAGGAUGCUGAUUCUAAAUUGGCCAAGACUUUCUUGAAGUUUGCCGAUAAAAAUCGUGAAAAAUAUCGUUUUGGUCAUACCAGCGACAGUGCUGUAUUGGAAAAAGCUGGUGAAAGCGAUCAAAUUGUUCUCAUUCGUGCUCCUCAUUUGGCCAACAAAUUCGAAGAAUCUACCAUUAAGUUUGAAGGUACUUCCGAUGCCGAUUUGACCACAUUCAUCAAAGAGAAUUUCCAUGGUUUGGUUGGUCAUCGUACCCAAGAUACCGUACGUGAUUUCCAAAAUCCUUUGAUCACUGCUUACUUCUCGGUCGAUUAUACUAAGAACCCCAAGGGUACCAACUACUGGCGCAACCGUGUACUUAAAGUGGCCAAGGAAUUUGUUGGUAAAAUCAACUUUGCCAUUUCAUCCAAGGACGACUUCCAACACGAAUUAAAUGAAUACGGUUACGAUUUUGUCGGUGAUAAGCCAGUCAUUUUGGCCCGCGAUGCCAAGAACAUGAAAUAUGCCUUGAAAGAAGAAUUCUCUGUGGAUAACUUGCGCGAAUUUGUUGAAAAAUUGUUGGAAGGUGAAUUGGAGCCCUACAUUAAGUCUGAACCCAUUCCCGAAAGCAAUGAUGCUCCUGUCAAAGUAGCUGUAGCCAAGAACUUUGACGAUGUUGUCAUGAAUAACGACAAAGACACAUUAGUUGAGUUCUAUGCUCCCUGGUGUGGUCACUGCAAGAAAUUGACUCCCAUCUUCGAUGAAUUAGCAGAGAAAUUGCAAGACGAAGAUGUAUCUAUUGUCAAGAUGGACGCCACCGCCAAUGAUGUUCCUCCAGAAUUCAAUGUACGUGGCUUCCCCACAUUGUUCUGGUUGCCCAAGGACGCUAAGGACAAACCUGUUGCCUACAAUGAAGGUCGCGAAGUAGAUGAUUUCAUUAAGUACAUUGCCAAACAAGCCACUAACGAACUCAAAGGCUACGACCGUAGCGGCAAGCCCAAGAAAACUGAACUGUAAGAGAAUUUACAUCGCAUAGUGUAAGAAGUAGAAGCAGCAACAGCAUCAGUAACAUCUGCAUAAAAAAUGUUUGUUUGGGAUGGAAAAGAUCUAGAAAGGAACUUCGCACACAUUUCCAAACAUAAAUCACGAGUUCAACAACUCAAAAAAUAUCGUAUAAAUAUUUAUUUGUUUUUAAUUUCCAUUCAAGAUUUAUUCCUUUCGCAAAUCUGCAUAUUUUUAUCUAUAGCAUUUAGUAUAAAAACAACAACAACAAAAAGAAUCUUUUUUAUCAUAAAUUAAAUUUAAUAAAAAAAAAGUGAAAAAUUGUAA